AAGCUUGACUAGGGCGGUGGAGCAUAUACAUUGAUAGGUGUAAUAAGGAUCAAAUAGAAAGCCUCGCCGUCGUUUUUUGUUACCAAAAUGAACCAAACACAAACAUCUCCUCCCGCCACAAAAGAUGCCCUCGAUCAAUCCGACGGUGCCGGUUCACCUCUCAGUAAACCCGACAAUUCUCAAGAUGAUAGAGACAAAAAGGUUUUGAGUCGAAAAUUCAAAGAUGUUGAAAUUUCUGUGCCCAUUGUUUAUGGAACCAUUGCAUUUUGGCUUGGUCGGAAGGCAACUGAGUCUCAAUCGCAUAGAUGGACUGUUUAUGUUCGUGGGGCAACAAACGAGGAUCUGAGUGUUGUAGUUAAGCGUGUUGUGUUUCAACUACACCCAAGUUUCAAUAAUCCUAUAAGAGUUAUUGAUUCUCCGCCGUUUGAAUUAUCGGAAUGUGGUUGGGGUGAAUUUGAGAUUGCCAUUUCACUUUACUUCCACAAUGAUGUUUGCGAUAGGAAGUUGGACAUAUAUCACCAUUUGAAGCUGUACCCUUUAGAACAGAGCGGUCCACAAUCUACUAAAAAGCCAGUUGUUGUGGAAUCAUAUGAUGAGGUUGUCUUUCCUGACCCAUCCGAGUCUUUUCUCGCUCGUGUACAGAACCACCCUGCUGUAGUUGUGCCUCGGCUUCCUGCUGGUUUGGAGCUUCCGCCAUCUGCUUCGAUUGAUGAAAAUAGUGAUCGGAGAGGAGUCACUAAAGAUCAUCCUCUGGGUCAUUGGUUCAUGAAUUUCUCAGAGGCAGAUGAACUGCUCAAACUUGCUGCAGCUCGUCAACAGGUGCAAGCUCAUAUAGUCAAGCUAAGAAGGCAAAUGAGUAUGGUUGAUGGCUCGUCUGGGACCGUGGAUCCUGCUUCUGACUUUUGAAUGUGUCAUCAGCAACCCCAAACUGGCUCACCGGGACCCAUGUCCGAGAUUAGAGGUAUAAUUGACCUUCAUGUUCACAUGGGCUGAUUAUCAUUCUUGUUUGUUGUUUGGUCAUGUUCUUGUCUAUGUUCGACUACCUUAUCCUUAUCUUGUAAUUUGAGCAGGGGGUCCGCCCAAUCCCAAAAGCAGACUGUACAAGAGAAAUGAUUCUUUAGGUGGUUGUUUAUUAUGAUUAAUUGACCUUAUUCUUGGUCUAUUUUUUGUUGGGUAGUUUACAAACAAAACUAGCAUGUUUUUGCCUUGGUAGGGUGGGUAUUGGUGAAGAAAACAUACUUUUUGUUUAUUUCUAGCUAACAGCUGUCUUCUAAGUUCUAUCAAUGUGUGGCCACUCCAUGCUGAAAUAACUGCAUGUUUGUACCAUGUGGUCUGUAUAACAAUGUGUGGGAUCUGUCCUAUCUGCACUUCAAGUACCUUUCUAAUGAUGAAAUGCAGUAUUUAUGAGGGCUCAUACGUAAGAUAGUCCCGAAAGUGUGCAUGAAAAUUGAAAACUCUUAUAAGGCGACAUUGUUAGUAGUUUUAUCUGCACGAAUAAGUUUUUUUUUGGUUUUAAAAGGAAAUAUGGACUAAAAGCGAUGGUGUUUUUGGGGAUGAAAUUUAGGAGAAAAACUUUCAACUCUAAUCUUGGUCUGAAAUGAUGAGGCAAGGCCACAAUUUGCGAAGGUUGAUGAGAAGUGCAUCUACAAAUUAAGGUGAGUGUUAUAGAGAAGUGCAUUGAUAGGAAGACAAAAAAGUUUGGUGGUGAGAAGUGCAUCCAAAACCAAGUUUAAUAGUGUUUCUCUUCUCAAACCUCUUAAUUUCUACGCAUGCAAUGGCUUGAAUUUGAAAAUUUAUUAGUUAAAAAAUAAUAACUAAAUCAUUAAGCUAACGUUCGUCAUGUAAAUUUUUAAGGUGUCACUAUAUAUAUUAUGUGAGUAAAUAAAGCUUCGGGAGGCGACAACUCUCUAGCGUUCUAGCCCUACCCCACCUCACCCCACCCCACCCCAUUGAUAGAAAACUUGUGUUGUAUUAUUAGCUAUACAGAUUAUUCUCUUUGACAAGGAUUGCAAUAUUCAAUCUGGAGGCCAAUUUCCUGAAGACAAUAUGGUGGUUGAGAUGUUUCAAUUUCUACAAAGCUUCACCUUUAUUUUGUUUGUUUAUUUAUUCUACAUUUUGUUUUUUAUGUAUGAGGAUGCGAGGAUUAGUUCUCCUGUUUGGUGGGCCACAGCCAUGAGAAAUAUGUCAUGGGGAUGAUGGUUGAAUUGUGUGUAGUAGAGAAAGUUGUCUUCUUAGGUCUUGGACAAGAGACUUGGGUAGGUAUUCUUCAUUGUUUGAUAGAUCUUCCUCAAUUUGGGAACAUGGGGGGUCAAUCUCAAGGUGUACUGCAACUAGACAAACAACAUUGUGGAUGUGCAUAUGUUUCUAUUCAAAAUACUUCAAAUUUUUAUUUACCAUCCAGCAUUGAAAUUUUUUAAUUUUUUAAAAUAGAUGAACUAAUGAGUUUGCGUCAUUUUCUUGUUUAAAAUUUUUUGACUCUAGAGUUGCAAUAUAUCGUGUCUCAUCUACUAGAAUAUCACAACAAUACUCAUCAAUAAGAAUCUAAUUUAAAAAAAAUAAAGCAAUUUUAAGCGGACAGAUGUAUUGAGUAGAUUACUAAAGUUCUACUAGGCAA